CAAAGACGCUUUUUUAAUUAAAUUUCCUUGGAGCUCUAUAGUUUAUAAAUACCUCGGAUUGAAGGUUUAACAAAACCCAAUUACUUGUUGGUAAGAUCUCGCAUGAGACCUGAAAGUAUCUCGAGGUGGCGGAGAAGGCGGGCACAGAAACUUUUAGCCGCAGUUUCAGCUCUUGCGCCCUCAACAUCGCUGGCCAGUGAUGUGACGGACGAGGCCAACGGACGAGCCCGCCAUUGGGCAAAAGGAAUGGCCGGAGCUGCGCGCCUUCAGCCGCGUUCGUUGGCAUGGGCCGAGGUGAACAGGCUGACUGGAUCGUGGGGAUUAUCCGAUCCUAGCGCCAUUUUCGGUGAUCAGACCAGCCAAAAUAGGCGCAGUCGAAGGGCCGAUCCAGGGAAGAACCACGCGUAAAUCCAGAAUCUUCGAAAUGGAGGUCCUGCCGUACUCAGGAAUUCCACUUGUAAUUUACGAUCUUCGGGGUUGUACGGGGGAACGCAUGAGCGUUCUUC